GGGAGCGCUCUCCCAAAGCUAUUUACGUCCUGGCCUCUCCUCCUCCUCCUCCUCUUCCUCCUCCUCCUCUUCUCGUCUCCCUCUCGUCAUCCAGGAGGAGAACAGCAUGAGGAGCCUUUGAUGCACCCGAGCGGGGGAAUUCGGCUUCUCCUCGUCUCGCUAUUUUUGAUGUGUUGUUAGCUGCGGGACGUGGAGAGGAGGCUGCAGCAGCUCCAUCACUUCUCAGCUUGUGGAAAAUGCAGAGUUUUAUGGGUUAGAUGCAGAAAAGAGGCUCUGAUUCGGCUGUUGCUUGACUGAUUUGUUUUGUGAAGACUCGGGGAGGGUUUCUGCAAACUUUCCUCUUCUGUCUGCGGCGUUUGAGCCGCUGUCCUGCACGGACUGGGACUCCAGGUGAUACAGACGAGGCUGACACGCCAGAAAGUCGCUUAAUUUCUGCUACACUUGACCCUCAGAGUCAGAUAGCUUCCCUUUGCUUGAUCUUGGAGACUGGACAACAUUUUAAAGAGGAUUUUUGGACUCUUGAAUGAGGCGUUACAUCACAAACUGAAGAGCAGGAGACAGUGGAAGUGCAAAAAACUGAGAGUGUACCUGCAAAAAUCUGCAUCCUGAUCAGGACACCUUUGUUGGAUUACAUAAUAGAAGCACGGAGGAGUUCUCUCAUGCAUUUUUGAUGGACUUCUUUUGUGUAUUUAAAGAUCCCAAAAACUGCUUUUAAGUCUUCAAUUUUAAAGAGUCAGUGUUCAGGAUAAUUUUCCCAUGAUUCAACAUUUUUAAAAGCACAUAUUAGUGUUUGUUUCCCCCCGUGUUGGUACUUGGCAAAUCAAAUCCUAAACUUGGCUUCGAAUGAUGUCUUGGAAGAGGAACUGACGGCUGUUUCUGUGACAAAACAGAGAGCUGCCUCUUGUCUUGGCAUGCUGUUACAUCCUACGGUGUCAGGAUUGUGCGCCAUGUUGCAGACCAUCUAUGAGACUGAGUCGUGUUUUUCCUCCACCAGCACAGACAGCCACCACCAGCCUCUGGAGCUCCUGAGUGACAGCGGGGGCUCCAGCACCAACAUGCCCACCGCCGUGGUGGAGGUGAAGAGCAGCCUCCCGUCAGGCAUGCAGAGCCCUGUAGGAACAGCGAGCGAGCAGAGAGGAGGAGGCAGUGAAGGGGGUGGGGGUCCAGGAGGAGGUGGGGGCCCCGUGGACCUGCGCACCGAGCCCAGGGUGGGCUCCCUGUCUGGGGGCGCCGUGGUGGACACGACCCUCAGGGAGCAGCAGCUCCAGCAGGAACUGGUCCUCCUCAAACAGCAGCAGGAGCUCCAGAAACAGCUGCUGUUUGCAGAGUUCCAGAAAAAACACGAAGUGCUGACCAGACAACACGAAGUCCAGCUGCAGGAACACCUGAAGGUAGCCUGUCAGCAACAACAGGAGCUUUUGGCAGCCAAGCGUCAGCAGGAGCUGGAGCAGAAGAGGAAACUGGAGCAGCAACGACACGAAGAGCAGGAGAAACACCGACUGGAGCAACAACUGCUGCUGCUGAGGAACAAGGAGAAAGGAAAAGAGAGUGCCAUCGCCAGCACGGAAGUGAAGCUGAAGCUGCAGGAGUUCCUCCUCAGUAAGAAAGAGCCCGGUCCAGGAGGACUCAACCAUUCUUUCUCCCCAAAGUGCUGGGGAGCCCCCCACACCUCCCUGGAACAAGGCUCUCCUCCUCAAAGUAACACCCCAGGAACUCCCCCGUCCUACAAACUGCCCCCUCUGCUUGGCAACUACGAGGGCAAAGACGACUUCCCGCUCCGCAAGACAGUGUCUGAGCCGAACCUGAAGGUGCGUUCACGGUUGAAGCAGAAGGUGGCAGAGAGGCGGAGCUCGCCGCUCCUCCGCAGGAAGGAUGGGACCGUAAUCAGCACCUUUAAGAAGAGAGCCAUCGAGAUUUCAGUGUCGUCUCUCUGUAACAGCGCUCCAGGUUCAGGUCCCAGCAGUCCCAACAGUUCCAACACAGCCAUCGCCAACGGGAACACGGGAUCGGUCCCAAAUAUACAGACGGAGCUGAGAUCUCUCCAUCAGACGCUGGGUGCUGAUGGGACGUUGAGUCCUCUGAAUCUCUACACCUCGCCCUCUUUGCCAAAUAUUUCCUUGGGCCUCCCUGCAAACACACACAUCACUGCCCCCCAGAAACUUUCCACCCAGCAAGAGGCUGAACGUCAAGCCAUCCAAUCACUACGAGGGGGCGGAGCUCUAACAGGGAAGUUUCUUUCCACAUCUUCACUACCUGCAGGGGUGGGACAUGAUGUAGAUUCUCCGCCCCCCAGCUCUCAUUCAGCACAUUCCUCAUUACUGCAGCACGUGUUACUGCUGGAACAGGCCAGACAGCAGACCGCCAUGUUGGCAGGUUCACACGCAGUCCCCAUGUACAGCCAGUCGCCCCUAGUUACGGCAGAAAGGGGCGUGUCCAGCGGUAUUCGGUCAGUUAAUAAGCUGCCUCGCCAUCGUCCGUUGGCUCGGACGCAGAGCGCUCCUCUGCCGCAGUCGCCUCAGGCUCUGCAGCAGCUCGUCGUCCAGCAGCAACACCAGCACUUCCUGGAGAAACACUACAAGAUGCUAUCGAAGGGGGCGGAGCUUCCUAGGCCACCACCCACACAUCCAGAGGAGACAGAGGAGGAGCUAACAGAGACCAACGACAUGCAGGAGGACGACGGAGGAUCCAGCUUACACAGGCUUCAGAAGGAGGGAUCAGACGACAGCACGCCCUCCUCAGAGCGACUCGGUGCACAGGUAAAAGGUGAAGAUGAACACGGCGAGGUGCACAUUAAAGGAGAGAGCACGGAGAGUGAGCUGGACGAGGAGGAAGAGGAUGAGGACGUCAUCCAGCUGAGGGAGGGAGAGGAAGAGGAGAGAGGGAGCUACACACAGGCCUUGCAGCACCUGGGUGUGUUUCAGUCCUCGCUGCCCCACAGACCCCUGGGAAGAGCGCAGUCCUCGCCUGCAGCCACCGUCAACCCCGUCAAACACCUCUUCACUACCGGACUGGUGUAUGACAGUCUGAUGUUGAAGCAUCAGUGUGUUUGUGGCAAUGCUCACAUCCACCCAGAGCAUGCUGGGAGAGUGCAAAGCAUCUGGUCCAGACUGCAGGAGACGGGCCUGCUGGGUCGCUGUGAGAGGAUUCGUGGGCGUAAAGCGUCUCUGGAUGAGAUCCAGUCGGUCCAUUCAGAGUUUCACACUCUGCUGUAUGGAACCAGCCCGCUCAAUCGACACAAACUGGACCACAAGAAGCUGCUGGGUCCAAUCAGCCAGAAGAUGUACGCCGUUCUUCCCUGUGGAGGAAUCGGGGUGGACAGCGACACCGUGUGGAAUGAGAUGCACUCGUCGGCUGCUGUUCGUAUGGCCGUCGGCUCGGUCAUCGAGCUCGCUUUCAGAGUGGCUGCGGGAGAGUUGAAAAACGGCUUUGCGGUGGUGCGUCCACCGGGUCACCAUGCUGAGGAAUCCACCGCCAUGGGCUUUUGUUUCUUUAACUCAGUAGCGAUUACUGCCAAACUGCUGCAGCAGAAACUCGGAGUGGGGAAAAUCCUCAUCGUGGACUGGGACAUUCACCAUGGCAACGGCACCCAGCAGGCCUUCUACAGUGACCCCAACGUCCUCUACAUCUCCCUCCACCGCUACGAUGACGGGAACUUCUUCCCUGGCAGCGGAGCUCCUGAGGAGGUGGGCUCAGGUGCAGGUGUUGGUUUUAAUGUGAACAUUGCAUGGACUGGAGGAGUGGAGCCCCCUAUGGGUGAUGUCGAGUAUCUCACAGCCUUCAGGGCUGUGGUGAUGCCCAUCGCGGAGCAGUUCAGUCCAGACGUGGUCCUGGUGUCUGCGGGCUUCGAUGCUGUGGAGGGCCAUCAGUCUCCGCUGGGAGGGUACAACGUCUCUGCCAAGUGUUUCGGUCUGCUGACUCAGCUCCUGAUGGGUCUUGCGGGAGGCCGUGUUGUGAUGGCGCUGGAGGGAGGUCAUGACCUCACAGCCAUCUGUGACGCAUCAGAGGCGUGCGUCUCUGCGCUUCUGGGAGACCCGAGCGACACGGCGGUUCAGUGGCCUCAGGACAAGCCGUGUCCGAAAGCUUUCGCCUCACUGGAAAGAGUCAUCGAGAUCCAGAGUAAACACUGGCCUUGUCUCCAGAGUUUGUCUCAGACGUGUGGACACUCGCUAUUGGACGGCCCCCCUGAGGUUCGCGGCCAAUCAGAGGACGAGGCCGAAACAGUCAGCGCCAUGGCGUCCCUCAGUGUGGAUGUGGAGCAGACAAGCUCGGUUCCUGACGAUACGGAAACCAGCAGGUCGACGGAGGAACCAAUGGAAGAAGAGCCUGUGUUGUAGGAGGAGCUUAAAUUAGGACAGCACAGAAACUCCACGUUCACCUCUUUGUGGCUCCUCCUCUUCCUCUUCCUUUCCCUCUUCCUGCACACAGUGUGUGGAGGCACGCACACGCAGAUUGUAACUCUGCCGUCGAGGAGGACUCCGAUUGGAGAUCAGUAUGGAGGUGAGAGAAGGCGGGGCCUGUGAGAAACACGGACAAAUCUCCUUUCUAUUGGUUGAUUGGCCCGAGGAGGAGCGGACGACUUGUUAGCAUCUCCAUGAAAACCAGAGGAGGAGAUAUGUAUACUUUACCACCUGUACACAGCACCACUGAAUCCCCUUUUAACAUCCCGUCACUCUUCUUUAUUCCUACGCCCCCGUUCUUCCACGGCGGGGCCGUGACUGUGGAGAAUCGGACGCCAAGCGGACGUCUUGUCUUCUUGUCGGUCUGCAGAGAGACGAGCCGAGCCGAGCUAACGGAGAAACCGAGCGGAGGAUGCCGAGGAACUAGGUGCCUUUUUAUAAAGAAACAAACCAUCCAAUCAGAAACCACAAACACCGCCGCAACACCACCUCAGCAAAGCAACCAGCCAAUCAGGACUGAGAAUCGCACCGACGCACACAUCACACACUGUCGUUUCAUUUUUUAGUCUCUGUUUCUUCAUCUGGAUGCCUUAAUUUGUUCUAAUCACUUUUAGGAACCUGGAGAGAGACGGUAAGAGAAGGAAUCACCACGUAGAUUUCUGUUUAGAGGAAAUAAGACGUGUAUUUAUUGACAAAUCGUAGACAACCAAACAGAAGCCAUCUUUACAUCCUCAGUAAAACUCAGUAGAGUAUUGAUAUUUAAUGAUUACUAAUAUUCAAUCAGACUUUCUGUGACCUGGUGUGUCUCAGGACUCGUCAGUAUUCAUCGUUUUGAAUAUUUACUCAUCCGUCACGCCUCUCUCUCUUUAACUCAUUUUGUUGUGACCCAGGCGUGAUCCCGACAUCUCCAAGGGGGAUUGUGGGUCCUUAUUUCUUUCUUUUUUAUCUGUUUGGUGUAAAUACUGUCCUCUGUCUCACGGCUACGUCACAGCAGACUCAUUGUGGUCACUUUUCUAUAUCUGUAUAUACUUAAAUGUAUAAAAACACAAAAUACUUUCUCUUUUUGUAUAAAAAAGGUUAAAAAUAUUCUAUAUAAAUAUAUAUACAUACAUAUACAUAUGUAAACAGUGUUUUAUCCAAUCAGAGUGGAGUAUAUUCUAUUGGAGGUUUGAGAGGAAGAAAGCACACGGUCUGUUUGUUUACAGAUGUUCCGUUUGUUUGGGUGUUGUUGUUUUGGUCAUUGCUGACGGCGAGCUCGGGUUCCUCUGGCAGGACAAAUCAAGCUACGCCGCCCUCUACAGGCAAACAAUGGUUAGGUCAAUGGUUAUGGAAUGUGAACAGGAUGGUCCAGUCGGGACGGUUUAUUGUCCAGAAGAGUUAACUCAAACAUCCCUAGCUCUGUUUAUUUAAUGUCCUGCACUUUUGCUCUCCUAAGUCUCCAGAUUUUGCUCGGGAAUUUUAUUUUUGCAGUCCAGAAAAGCCUCUUACACCAACAAGAGUAGAAGAUAUAGAUUCACCUGAGGCUCUGCUGUUAGCCAGGGUUACCCUAACCUUUAGCCUAAUCCUGUAAACUAAAACUACCUAGUCUUAGUCUUUACACUUGCUCCUGUUUAAUUGGCUCUAUAGUGCUGUCCCCCUAUAGCUCUGUUUUCAAGCCUCAUCCUGGCUUCUUGACCUUUAAGCAUAAAACAAUUCUGAUUGCAAACUUAUAAAUAAAAAAAAUCCCAGAGAUGUAUGGACCCCCGAAGAGACAUGGACUAAAGAUCUGAGUGGGGGCACGGGACCCUGUCUGCUCUGAUGCUGUCAAAAUUAGAUGUUCAUAUUUAGAAAUAAAUUAAAAAUCAUGAUUAGAAACAUCAUUUACAAUCAAGUAUAGGGGCCAAUCUAAAAGAUUAAAAUAUAAGGAGAAUCUGUUGAUUUCUGAUCAAAAGGGUCAAAAUUUGGGUGGAAAAAAAAAACACAAAUUAUUGAGAUUAUAAAGUCUAAAGACAUUUACAACAUUUCAGAGUUUAAAACUCUCAG